UUCACACUUUUCUUUAUUCCUUCUUCAUAAACCAUUCUCUUGUGCCUUUAAUUUCUUCAACUCUCUGUAAUCUAAUUCUUAUACCAACCCAAAGAAAACACCCCAAAUAUUUUCAUUCAAUUUUUAGCAUGCACUUGAUAUGAUAUAACAAAUAUAGUACUAGCAAUCACUAUAAUGAAUUCAAUGGCGGCAUCAAGAAGGGUGAUUGAGAUGCUGCUUUGCAUGUCCUUGUUGGUGAUGAUGAGAAUAACAACAAUGGCACAACAAACACAACAAUAUCCUGAGACUAGUACUUCUUCAAGUUGCAGCAAUGUUCUGCUAAGUCUUUCUCCAUGCCUAGAUUACAUAACAGGAAGUGCUUCAACACCAUCAUCUGGUUGUUGUUCACAACUUGCAUAUGUGGUGGGGUCACAGCCACAGUGCCUGUGUGAAGUUGUUAAUGGUGGUGCUUCUUCAAUUGCUGCCACCCUCAACAUCAAUCAGACUCGGGCUUUGGGCCUUCCUAAUGCCUGCAGAGUACAAACUCCUCCAAUUACCAUCUGCAGUAGUGCUACUGGAUCUGUUUCUCCGCCAGCAGGUGUUUAUUAUGCGCCCAGCAUUCCAAAUUCACCUGCCGCAGGGAUUGGAUCAACAAUUAUUUCAUCAACGAACGGUGGAGUUGGCGGUGGUUCAUUUCGCUGGAAUUCAAGUUCCACAGCUAAAUUACCUUCUUUGCUGCUUGUCAUGUUUUUCUUUGCAACGACUUUGUCUUUGACUUUCACCUUCACGACCAUUACCUAGACUAAGGUUACCUACGUUAAUCUCAAUGUAGUAUGUAAAUUUUCUUAAACCUUAUUAAUUAUUAUUAUUAUUAUUAUUAU